AUGCCUGGGAAAAGAGGCGCAUUCCUAAAUUAUACUGAAGCUGCAAUGCUUGCAGCAGUGAACGAUGUUCGUCUUCAUAAAACACUAAUACGAACGGCUGCAAAAAAGUUCGGUGUACCAAGAAUAACGCUUACAAAUAAAGUACAAGAGAAGUCACCGAUGGAACGAAAAAUGGGUCCGACAUCCAUCCUUACACCAGAAGAGGAGCAUAAAAUAUGA